GAGGAUCUUGAGACAGCAGCACGUGCGUCCCCCACAGCCUCUGCCCACAGGUACCAUGAAGGUCUCCGCAGCUGCCCUCGCUGUCAUCCUCACUGCUGCCGCCUUCUGCAUUCCUGCCUCUGCCUCCCCAUAUGCCUCAGACACCACACCCUGCUGCUUUGCCUUCAUCUCCCGCCCAGUGCCCCGCAACCACAUCAAGGAAUAUUUCUACACCAGUAGCAAGUGCUCCAACCUAGCAGUCGUCUUUGUCACCCGAAGGAACCGCCAGGUGUGUGCCGACCCAGAGAAGAAAUGGGUUCGGGAGUACAUCAACUCUUUGGAGAUGAGCUAGGAUAAGCGGCACCUUGAACUUCAGCUGGUGUAAACUCGCCUGUUGCUACCUGCUCUCACCCUAACCACCUUGAGAAGCUUCUCCCCAGUCCCCCACUCCCAUUCACCUGUUGGAGGGAARGUUCUACCACAUAGCAGCAAUUAGAAAAGGCUCCCGACCUAAGCCUGGAAGCCUUACUAAGGCCCUGCCUUAGCAACAARAAGUCUCUAGGCUCUGAAUGUCAGGCCCCUUGGCUUGGCUAUGGUUCUAUGACUAGAGAAGGAAGUCAGCAUGUUUCUCAAGGAAAGAAGGAAGACCGGGAUCCUGAAGAAAUCUCCCAUGGCCAAAGUUGCCAUCUCAGUCCCUCAGGAGGGAGGGCUGAAACUAUCAAACAGAAGAAAUCAGCUAUUUUUUUUUCUAUUUUUUUUUUUCCUUUUCCUUUCUCCCCAMCCCUCACCCGAGCUCCCCCCGUGCUGGAGAUGGAACAUGCUAGGCAAGCACUCUACCACUGAGCUAGACCCCCAGCCCUUUUAAUUUUAGAGACAGGAUCUCACUAAGUUACCCAGAUUGGCCUCAAACUUGUGAUCCUCCUACCUCAGUCUCCCGAGUAACUGGGAUCACACCACUUGA